UUAUAAUUUACCAGAAUAGCGUAUGAUAGCGUUUAAAACAUUCUCCGACAUGCAAUCCCGGUUUUCUGUCGCAGGUUUCGCGUAUAUAUGUAGUCUCUCUUCUGCCACCCGGAAUAUUUUUUGUUUGAACAUACUGUGCAAUUUUUGUGUUUACGCUGCGGAUGCAGUGUAAUUAUAUGUAAGGUUCCAUCUAAUCGCUGUUCCUUGUCGCUGGACGAUGGUCGUCCUGUUUUUGUUGUGAGACGCAAGUCCCCAACAAGUCCGAGCGAAAGUUCUUCUCUAAAUUGUUUGUGGGAAAUCUUCUUGUUGUUCGAAUUAACAGUAGAUGCUUUGUACGAAAUAAAAGCAUUAACAAUAGACGCUUCCAAUCCCCGGAAAAAGAGAACUUUGCACUGAUUGGUCAAUUAAGUUCUAGUUCUUAUCGAAAAACGGCAUGUUGAUUGGCUACUACGCGAAUUUCCGCCGCGUGGCAAACGUGUGGUAAGCCUGUGAGCAGAAGCCAUAAACCUUAAGAAAUUGACCAAUCACAGCCGAAUGUGAGGAAUGAUAGUCGACUGUGAUUGGUCUAUUUCUUAAGGCUUAAGGCUUAAAGCGCCUAUUAUAGACCGGGACUUAUUGCACUAAUUCAACAGUGCAGCUAAAAAGAAUAGACCACUAAAGUGCAUGAACAGUGAAUGAACGUCUGUAACGUAUCAUUGCAGUUUAAAAUAUUAUAAACAACAAUACCUUUUUUGCGUUUCGCUCGUUGCUUGCGUGUUCUAUUUCACUGUAACCAUGGUACAACCUACUCAACAAUUUAGCAUGGAUCCUCCGACGCAACAAGGAUUCGUUAGAUUUUUUAAAAGUCUUCCGGAGAAACUGGACACGACCAUACGGUUCUUCAAUAGAUCAGAAUAUUACACAGUUCACGGGAGUGAUGCUUUGUUUGCUGCGCAAGUAAUAUUUAAAACGACAUCUGUUUGCAAAAUGAUCGGAGCUGAGCCAUAUAAGACGGAAGGAGUUAUACUCAACAAAAGUCACUUCGAGACACUUGUGCGUGACCUGUUAUUGGUACGGCAAUACAGAGUUGAAGUUUAUGUCAAUCAGGGCUCCUCUAAAAAUCAAAAUUGGGUUCUGGAAUACAAAGGUUCACCGGGCAAUUUAUCCCCUUUCGAAGAUCUUUUAUUCGGCAAUAAUGAUAUAGCCGUAGGUGUGUCUGUAAUAGCUGUGAAACUUGGUACAGAGGGAAAAUCCAGAGUCGUCGGUUUAAGCUGUGUGGACGUGAUUUCAGCGUUAAUUUCAGUCGCCGAGUUUCAAGACAACGAGUCAUUUUCGAAUCUAGAAUCACUCGUCGUGACUCUUGCACCGAAAGAAUGUUUAUUGAUUCAAGGAGAAGGCAGUCACGAAUUUCAGAUUCUUAAACAAUUGAUGGAAAGAAACAACGUAUUGGUGACUCUGAAGAAAAAAAGUGAAUUUUCCAGUGACUCGAUCAUAGAAGACUUAAACACAUUGAUCAAAUUCAAGAAAGGACAAAAACAGAAUGCUCAAUCUCUACCUGAAGUUAAUUUAAAUAUAGCCAUGUCUGCUACAUCUGCUCUCAUCAAGUAUUUAGAUUUGACAUCAGACGAAGGCCAUAUGAAUCAGUUUGUCUUGAAACAAGUGGAGCAGUCGCGAUAUUUGAGAUUGGAUUCGGCAGCAAUAAAGGCUCUUAACAUCGAGCCGCGUGUCGAUUCGGUCUCGAAUUUGCAUGGGAAUCCCGCCGCUAGUAUCUUAACACUUCUAGAUAAAUGUAGAACCGCACAGGGCCAUAGACUAAUCGCACAAUGGGUUCGUCAGCCUCUCCGAGACUUAUCUCUGAUAAAAGAACGGCAUGACAUUGUUGAAUUAUUUGUGAGAAAUAAUGAAUUGAGAUCUGCUCUUUGCGAGGAUUAUCUGAGACGUAUACCCGAUUUGCAACAACUCGCCAAGAAACUAGCUAGGAAGAAGUCAAUGUUGCAAGAUUGUUACAAGAUUUACCUCUGUGUGUCGUACAUACCGAAGUUAUUGGAGCAACUUGCACCGGAGGCGAGUCUGGCCGCACUGAAAGCAAUGAUAACAGACCCUUUGAAAGAAUUAGUCGAGGAUAUGGAUAAGUUUCAACAGCUGGUGGAACAGACAAUUGAUUUAGACGCUGCUGAGAAAGGAGACUUCAUGGUCAAUCCAGGAUUUUCAGAAGAUUUCAAAGUUUUAAAAGAUGCCAUGGAUGAAAUAGAGGAAGUGAUACAACAGCAGCUCGGUAAAGUGGCGGACGAUCUCGACGCAGAAGCGGGGAAAGCGAUAAAGUUAGAAUCCAACCAACAAUUCGGCUAUUACUUCCGUGUCACAUUGAAGGAGGAGAAAAUACUUCGGAAUAAGAAGCAUUACAACAUAUUGGACUCCAACAAGGCCGGUGUGAGAUUCCGAAAUGGCAAAUUGAACGAACUGAACGACGACUUCAUUGCUGCCAGAAAUAAAUACAUGGAUAAACAGAAAGAUGUUAUUACGGAGAUUAUGGAAAUAGCAGCUGGUUACAGUGAAACAGUGCGUUCUAUCGGCGGUAUCCUGGCAUGCCUCGAUGUCCUCGCCGCAUUCGCCUCGGCCGCAGUGAGCGCUAACAAGGUGUAUGUGCGCCCUGAUAUGCUGUUGAGCGAGGAAGGUGAACUGAAUCUCGUUCAAGUUAGACAUCCGUGCCUGGAAAUGCAACAGGGAAUAGACUACAUUGCUAACGAUGUCAACUUUAAGCGAGAUCAGUGUCACUUCUGCAUUAUAACCGGGCCAAAUAUGGGAGGUAAAAGUACUUACAUCAGGUCUGUCGGCGUAACCGCACUGAUGGCUCACAUUGGUAGUUUUGUCCCCUGUGACAAGGCAACUAUAUCGUUGCUUGACUGCAUACUGGCUCGGGUGGGAGCCGAUGAUUCUCAGUCGAAAGGAUUGUCCACCUUCAUGAUGGAGAUGAUAGAAACCGCUGCUAUCUUAAAAACGGCAACGUGUAAUUCUCUCGUAAUUAUCGAUGAACUGGGCAGAGGAACAUCAACGUACGAGGGUUGCGGUAUAGCGUGGUCGAUAGCAGAACAUUUGGCGAAGGAGAUCAAAUCGUGCUGUCUGUUUGCUACACACUUCCACGAGAUCACCAGAUUAGCUGAGGAGAUACCCGCGGUAAAAAAUCAACAUGUCACUGCUCUCGUCGAGGACGAUAAAUUGACGUUACUUUAUAAAGUGAAACCGGGAAUUUGCGAUCAAAGUUUCGGCCUGCACGUCGCAAAAAUGGCUAGUUUUCCGCAGGAUGUAAUAGAGUUCGCCAAAAGAAAACAAGCAGAAUUAGAAAAUUAUCAAUGCGUAGUUUUCGAGGGAUCCGACAAUCCUCGUAAGAAGCAGAAGAUUAUUCAGGAAGCCGAAGAACUAAUUUUGCAGUUCCUCACGAAAUGCAGUUCUUCGGAUCGAUCAUUAUCCGAUACCGAUUUGGAAAAGCGGAUAUCAUCGCUGAAGGAGGACGUACUUUCUCACAAGAACUCCUACAUCGAAGCAUUGUCCGCCGCUUCUUGAAUAAAACUGAAAAUUCCUUGACAAUUGUCCGUCACCAGAAUGCGUUAUAAGAAAAAUGUAUAACGCGACGAGCAGUAUUAUUACUUUUGCAUUCCUGUAAGUCCCAAGUCGAAAGGCAAAAUCCUGUAUAGAUAAUUUUUAUUAAAUUUUUAUCAAACUGAUUUCUACGUCACA